AUGGAUCCGCUGCAUUGCUCGCGACUCAUCAGCAUCGACACCUUCCAUCGUGUGUGGUUGUGGUUAUGGUUGGUCGAGCUUGCAAUGCAAGCGCCCGCGCUCCAUACUUCUAUCCUCUCGCCUCGUCUCGCCGCUCUUCUCCAUCAUGCGAGCACCGCCGACCACGACCUGCUCUUCCCUUUCCUCUUUCCUUUUCCGUCCAUGGCAGAACGUGCGCGCGGAAGGGGCGCAGCGAGCGCGGGAGCGGGAGCGAGAGCGCGGAGGGGAGCGAGAGGAGGCGGAAGUGCGACUCGCAGCAGCAGCAGAGGCAGAGGCAGAGGCAGAGGCGCGAGUAGCAGCAGAGGCCGAGGGUUGAGUCGAGGUGGCAGCACGACUCGCAGUAGAGGCCGAGGUGGAGGUGGAGGUGGAGAGAGGGGGAGUAGGAGUGGGAGUGGGAGUAGGAGAGGGAGAGGGCAAGGGCGAGGGAGAGGGCAAGGGCGAGGGCGAGGGAGGAGGCAAUCGCAGAGUCUAAAUCGCCAGGCCGAGGCCCAACUCCUCGCUGACUUGGCGCUUCACGCUGCACCGCCAGCACCACCACCGCCACCGCCUCCGCCACCGCCACCGCCUCCGCCUCCGCCACCGCCUCCGCCACCGCCACAGCCUCCGCCACAGCAGCACCCUCCCCAUCGUCGUCGCUGCGUUCGUCUCUUAUCUGCCGCCGUCAUCGCCAUUACAUGUACCGUUGCAAGCGUCUACUUCGCCUUCCGACAUCCAACUUCACUAUCUCCGCCGUGUCAUGUCCAAGGCAAUCCCAACCAUCUGGCCCCAUGCGCCCUCUUCCCUGACUUGAAUCGUGUCUUUCGCUACCACCCCCGGCGUCCCGACCAGGGAGACGACCGUCGACUGUCCGGCACAUGGCUCGACAUUACGAACAUAGAGAUAAAAGCCUGGGUCAGAGCCUUCCAAGAUGUCUACUACCUGCGGACUGACGAACUGGCAUUUGUAACCCGGGACUGGUCUUCAGGAUUUCCACUCCUCAAGCGCCUUCCGUCAUGGCUGUACCCCCAGGAUAAUCACACCGUUGCGGCUAUGGCAGUCUUCGAAGAAGCCCGCGCCCUCGUACUGGAAUUCACAAAUCCGCGAGGCCUGUUUCUUGUUCAUCUCAACAAGGCCAUCCAUGCUCUCGAUCAUGCUUCCGAGGCCCGUUGCGCCGUAAACGCCAGACUGGACGAGCUGUCGGCCAAGUUUGGCAAUAAUAAUGCUAAUGACACGCCCGGAAUCGAAGCCGAGCUGAACGAUCUUCGGCGCACCAUGGCGCGCACUCUGGUCCACCAAGCUUUACUCCACAGCUUUAUUGCUGCACGCCACUCUCAGCUACAAGAAGCAAUCGACUUGUACAACCACGUCAUCCUCUACGAACCUCCACAAUCAUUUUCAGAUAUGAAACGAGUCCUAGGAACGUGGAACGACCAGAUGGCUGAUAUCUUCCACGGCUCCUCAGCGGCAACACAAACCGCCAAGAAUAUGGAUUUCGUGGGUUUUGUGCGGCGCGAAUUCGAGUACUGCAUCCCAAAAGGUUUCGAGUACAACACCGCCUUUGAUAACUUCACGGAGUAUUCUUCAGCAUAUAGGGGAAAUGCCUCCUCUCCCUUUCGCUCGCAAGAUGCCCCCGGCCAACAUCAGCCACUAAAUCAUGAUCGCUUCGGUCUCGGCUGUUCCACUCACCCUGAUCCUGUCUGGUGGGAAUGGCACAACGCAGUUCCCAUUAACAUGACUUUGGCGGCCGACGAACAAGCAGCGUGCCGCCGGAAUCAGGACUGGUACAUGGGCUCAACGACUGAUGGUCAAUGUGGGCAUAGGACGUGGGUGAGGUUCUUAUUCCCUCUCUCCGCUGCCGACGAGCGUCGGAGAGCUAACGCGGGUCACGUGCCAGCCGUCGCAGUCCCGAUCGCUGGCUAUGGGAUUAGUGCUAGAGUCUUUCACCUCAAGCCUUGGACGGGCAUUUUCAGGCUGAAAUGGCGUGGGUGA